CCCGAUACCUUUACAUAGCUACACUACGAAUAAAAGUAAGUGUUUACACGCAGUUUCCGUUAUAUUUAACUUCAUAUCGUAUCUUAACAGUAAGGGUGGUUAUGAAUCGCAGUAGGCUACGGUCAAUAAUGUUAUUUCCAAGGAAGACUAGAGUUGUGUCAUGUUCCCUCGUCAUGUCCACGUUUCCUCCCCGUUUCUUAACUUGACAACGCCUUCCGACGUCAGCUGCACCGAAACUUGAAGGAAACUCACCUGGCUGGCUGGCAAAGGACGAGUUCAGGAGGACGGAACUUUCCCACGACCUGUCAGCUCUAACCGUGUGAACUCGCUGAGUGACCUGUUGUUUUUGAGGAACUGUUGCCUUUUUUUAACUGCAUCUGGGACGUUUAGGUCAGCUGGCACUGAGCUUUAUUAUUAAACAUUAUAAAUAAUAGGCACUUCCGCGUUGGCUGAGCCAGGAGAACAGUAAUAGCUAACUCCUAUUUGUCACUGAGAGUUGGAAGUAAACCAGCAUGGACAUUGAGCUGGAGACCAUCACUACGAAUGGGAACGAUGGAACAGCACAUUUGUCAAAUGAACGGGUGACAGCAGGUAAUGGAGAGGGUGAGAUCUACAGAAUGCCUGAUGCAACAGAGAGAGAUGGGCUGCUCUCUGUACAGACUACCGGUUCUAAUGGGGAGACAAUGCCCUCUGGCUAUGCAGCAGAGCCUCAAAGGAAUCUGGGAAAUACAUACACUCCUCGAGAGAUUAGCUCCGUGUGCAGGAUAAAGAGAGAGCUGAAUGAGGUUAUCUUCUGGAAAGUCAGACUAUGGAUGGCCAUCAUCUUCAUCUUUCUCCUCAUCUUUGCUGUUAUUUUAAUUUCGCUGGUUGUGUGCUCAGCAAUCCAUGAGGACGUGGAUGAGAACUUUGACUCUUCGCUGUUUGAGGUUCCUCUGUAUUUCAAUGGGAGCUUCCAACUGCCCAAUCUGGUCUUCACAGAGGAACUUUUCACCCUUUACUCCAGUGAAAGCCAAGCACUUGCUGCUGGCCUUGAAGAAAAGCUGGCUGACCUCUACAGAUCAUCCCCUGCUCUGGGACGAUACUUCUCCAAAGCUGAGAUAUAUGCUUUCAGGAAUGGUUCAGUCAUCACUGACUACCAGCUGACAUUUCUCAUGCCUGAAGAACAGCAGGAUCGGCUGAGAAACUUUACUCUCAGCAGGGAGAUGGUGUACAAUGUAUUCAGACAGUUCCUAUACGACCAGGAGCUAGAUGAGUCAGGGCGGAUGUACAUUGAUCCAGUUUCCCUAAACAUGUUUUUAAAACACUAGUGACAAACAGAACAGAAUCUUAUUUGUGUGUAUCUUAUUUUCUUCUUGUUUUUUAAACACUAAGCCUCCUACAGUAAAGUGGGUAUUUGUUAUGA